GAAAGAGAGAGAGAGAGAGCGGCGCGGAGGUUGAGAGAGGCCCCGGGAGAUAAAGCUGGAGGGCAGAAAUUAUUAGGGGGCGCGGGACGAGAGGAGGGGCCAGGGGAGCGAGCCCGCAGCGAGAGAAGCAAGCGAGUGUGCGCCGAGUGUGCAAGGGCGGGAGGGAGGAGAGAGAGCCGGCGGCCGGGAUCGCGCCGACUCGGGCCCAGCGGCGGGCGGACAGCAUGCUGAGCCUCCUCAUCUGGAUCCUCACUCUCUCCGACACUUUCUCGCAAGCAGGGCUGUAGGAAUGCCUCUGGAGAGCAAUAGCACAUGUCUAAUGAGCUGCCAAUCAAGCCUGCUCCCGGAGAAGCCCAGGUUUCUGAAUCAGAAGAUGUGGGCUCCACACUUAGCCCUUGCUUAUCUUAUCUCUGUGACUUUGGUUUUCGCUUUGCCUGGGACCCAGACUCGCUUCAGCCAGGAGCCAGCUGAUCAGACCGUGGUGGCUGGACAGCGGGCCGUGUUGCCAUGUGUGCUCCUCAACUACUCUGGAAUUGUACAAUGGACAAAGGACGGCCUGGCUCUGGGCAUGGGCCAGGGCCUCAAAGCCUGGCCACGGUACAGGGUCGUGGGCUCUGCCGAUGCUGGACAAUACAACUUGGAGAUCACAGAUGCCGAGCUCUCUGACGAUGCUUCCUAUGAGUGCCAGGCCACAGAGGCUGCCCUGCGCUCUCGGCGGGCCAAGCUCACCGUGCUCAUUCCUCCAGAGGACACAAGGAUUGAUGGGGGUCCUGUGAUUCUGCUGCAAGCAGGCACCCCCCACAACCUCACAUGCAGAGCCUUUAAUGCCAAGCCUGCUGCCACCAUCAUUUGGUUCCGGGAUGGGACACAGCAGGAGGGGGCUGUGGCUAGCACGGAACUGCUGAAGGAUGGGAAACGGGAGACUACAAUCAGCCAGCUGCUCAUUCACCCCACAGACCUAGACAUCGGCCGUGUAUUCACCUGUCGAAGCAUGAAUGAGGCCAUCCCCAAUGGCAAGGAGACGUCCAUUGAGCUUGAUGUACACCAUCCUCCUACAGUGACUCUGUCCAUUGAGCCCCAGACAGUGCAGGAGGGCGAGCGAGUCAUCUUUACCUGCCAGGCCACAGCCAACCCUGAGAUCUUGGGCUACAGGUGGGCCAAAGGGGGGUUCUUGAUUGAAGACGCCCACGAGAGUCGCUAUGAGACAAAUGUUGAUUAUUCCUUCUUCACGGAGCCCGUGUCUUGUGAGGUCCACAACAAAGUGGGGAGCACCAACGUCAGCACUUUAGUGAAUGUUCACUUCGCGCCCCGGAUUGUGGUUGACCCAAAGCCCACAACCACAGACAUUGGCUCUGACGUGACCCUCACCUGUGUCUGGGUUGGGAAUCCCCCCCUCACCCUCACCUGGACCAAGAAGGACUCAAACAUGGGGCCCAGGCGUCCUGGCUCCCCACCCGAGGCUAAUCUCUCUGCCCAGGUCCUGAGUAACAGCAAUCAGCUGUUGCUGAAGUCAGUGACCCAGGCAGAUGCUGGCACCUACACCUGCCGGGCCAUCGUGCCCCGAAUCGGAGUAGCUGAGCGAGAGGUACCACUUUAUGUAAAUGGACCCCCUAUUAUCUCAAGCGAGGCAGUGCAGUUUGCUGUGCGGGGUGACGGUGGCAAAGUGGAGUGCUUCAUCGGGAGUACCCCACCUCCGGAUCGGAUUGCAUGGGCGUGGAAGGAGAACUUCCUGGAGGUGGGGACCCUGGAACGUUACACCGUGGAGAGGACCAACUCAGGAAGUGGUGUGCUGUCCACACUCACCAUCAACAACGUCAUGGAGGCUGACUUCCAGACCCACUACAACUGCACUGCCUGGAACAGUUUCGGGCCAGGCACUGCCAUCAUCCAGCUAGAAGAACGAGAAGUGUUACCUGUGGGCAUCAUUGCUGGGGCCACCAUUGGUGCAGGCAUCCUGGUCAUCUUCUUCUUUGUUGCCUUAGUAUUCUUCCUCUACCGGCGCCGCAAAGGCAGUCGAAAGGAUGUGACCUUGAGGAAGCUGGACAUCAAGGUAGAGACGGUGAAUCGGGAGCCACUCACAAUGCAUUCUGACCGGGAGGAUGAUACCGCCAGUAUAUCCACUGCAACUCGGGUCAUGAAGGCCAUCUACUCGUCCUUUAAGGAUGACGUGGAUCUGAAGCAGGACCUGCGCUGUGACACCAUUGACACCCGGGAAGAGUAUGAGAUGAAGGAUCCCACCAAUGGUUAUUACAAUGUGCGUGCCCACGAAGAUCGCCCAUCCUCCAGGGCAGUGCUAUAUGCCGACUACCGUGCCCCUGGCCCUACACGUUUUGAUGGCCGUCCAUCAUCCCGUCUCUCCCACUCCAGUGGCUAUGCCCAGCUCAAUACAUACAGUCGGGCCCCUGCCUCUGACUAUGGCACAGAGCCCCCACCCUCUGGCCCUUCUGCUCCUGGUGGCACCGAUACAACCAGCCAGCUGUCCUACGAGAACUAUGAGAAGUUCAACUCCCACCCCUUCCCUGGGGCAGCCGGGUAUCCUACAUAUCGUCUAGGCUACCCCCAGGCCCCGCCCUCUGGUCUGGAGAGGACCCCCUAUGAGGCCUAUGACCCUAUUGGCAAGUAUGCCACAGCCACUCGAUUCUCCUACACCUCUCAGCACUCAGACUACGGCCAGCGGUUUCAACAGCGCAUGCAGACUCACGUGUAGAGGCUGGAGUGUGGCUGGGUAUCUCUGCGGGGCAGAGGAGAAGGCUUCCCAGCUCUUCCCUGACAUUCAGGGACAAUGCUCAUUGCUCCUUCCUUGGACCCAGCCUUCCUCCUCCUGCCAUCACAAAUAAGGAGCAGGUCUCCCAGUAACACCCCAUCCCAAGGAUGGUGCUCUGGGCAUGCCCAGUCUCCCAGGCCUGCUGAGCUCUUCUCCAGGAGGAAGUCUCUACUGACCUUUGUUCAUUCCUGACCUAAGCUUGGGCACAGGGAAGGGAGGUGGUGGUGAGGGGAAGAGGGGAAAGGAAAGGAGAGCACAUUUUAUCAUUUCCUUUUUGUCCUGCUCUUCUGAUCUCCCAUAUGUGGCCACUGAGAUAUGCUGAGGUGGGCAGGCUUUGGCCUAGGUAGCUCUAGUCCAGGCAGCUGGGAUGCGGGACAGCCCACCAGUCCCUCUCUUGACUUCAUUCAUACUUAUGUUCAUCUUUCCCAUCUCAGGGGAUUACAGAUGGGACAAUGAGUUCAAAUCCAGCCCUUGGUCUGUUGGGAUCCAACUGCCU